CCAUGUCCCUUUUUAUUUGUCACCAGUCACCAACAAGCAUCACUUUGUCAACGGGCCCCUACUCUACCAGUUCAGGAUGAAUUUCCGGCGACGCCGGCGAUUGAUAGAACUUCUUCACGAGCGUGGCCGCAGCAUCCCAGAGAGUCAUGACAGCCCCUUCUGUCUCCGCAAACAGAACUCAGACGGAGGCAACACAAGCUUCCUCUCAGUGAGUCCCACUAAAGAGAUAAAGGUGGUGGUCGGAGUUCGGCGGAGCAGCAUGAGCAGCAGCUGUGGCAGCAGCGGUUAUUACAGCAGCAGUCCUACGCUCAGCAGCAGUCCACCUGUCCUCUGCAACCCCAAGUCAGAUCACUGUCUCACCAUGAAUGUGGAAAACUGGUAUAGAAGCGGAAGGGACGGGAUAGAUGUUUUUUGUGCAUACUGGCAGAUGAAUGGCUCCUGUGUCAAGCCUUUUAAUGUAUUGAUUAUACUGGUAAUGAGUUCUUUAAGACACUAA